CGGGCCUCUACACUCAUUCCUUUCCUCCAAUUACCAAAAUCCCAAUUCCGAGAAGGGGUGGAAUCUUACCUCGAGGAUUGAUGAACUUGGCAGAUAAUGCACACGAGCGCAAUAGCCAAUCGGAAUGUCCUUUGAAGGUUGCCUCCUCGCUCCUUCCUCCUCGGUUAUGAUAUACUCAAAUCAAUCUAUUAUAUUAUUAUUGUUUGUGCCCGAUUCUGGUUGUGUCGUGUGAGUGGUCGCAUGUGUAUCAUCAUCAGCAACAACAACAUUAUUUUUAUAUAAUAAUAAUUUAACACAACUUCGAGCGAAACGCAUCCAACAUGGGUUUGGACUUUAUUGAAGGACAAGGAGAGGACUUCGAAAGGGCUCUGGAAAGCACAGGUUUCGGUAGAUUUCACUUCGCAAUCUUGACCGUUUGCGGAUUGAUCUACACGAAUACAGCUCUGGCCAUCACGAUACUCUCCUUCGUGCUACCAUCUGCGACAUGCGACUUCCAGAUGUCCUCGGCGGACAAAGGAUGGCUCACGGCGACCCCUAUGCUUGGAAUGGUAAUAGGUUCCUACUUUUGGGGAUGUCUUGCCGACACCAAAGGACGAAAAGUAGUACUCAUUGCAGCUCUUCUCAUGGACGGCGUUUGCGGUCUUCUAUCCAGCAUCUCACAAUCCUAUCUACUAUUCAUGUUCCUAAGAUUCUGCAAUGGAUUUGCCAUCACAGGAGCCAUGUUAAUCUGUUUCCCAUACCUCGGUGAAUUCCAACCUGCAAAGUACCGUGAAAUCAUCUUGUGCUGGAUGGAACUCUUUUGGACCGUCGGAGUAAUAGUUCUACCUGGUAUCGCCUGGAUCAUAAUCCCAAUGGAUUUCCAGUACGUGACCGAUGGAUUUAAAUUCGCCAGUUGGAACCUCUUCGUGGCAGCUUGUUCUCUUCCAAGCAUCUUCAUCGGAUUUUGGCUUUUCUUUUUCCCAGAAAGUCCCAAAUUCCUUUUGGAAUGCGGAGAACCCGAUGAAGCUUUGGAGGUUUUGCGUAACAUGUACGCCACCAACACCGGUGAUUCCGCAAUUAACUACCCAGUAUUAAGUUUAAGAGAGAAAGUGAGAACGAUGAGUGUAAUUUCGCAAAUGUCUACAAGGAGCGUUAGGAAUUUAAGGUUGAGGAAACCUAAGGAAUUGAAGCUUUUGAUGCAAGAAAUCUGGGAACAAACUAAAGCCCUUUGCAAACCUCCCCAUUUAAGAUACACCAUCAUCACUUGCUUAAUACAAUUUGGUUUAACCACUAGUUAUUACACAUUGAUGAUUUGGUUCCCGGAAUUGUUCUACCGCUUCGAGGAAUUCGAGUCUCUUCAUCCAGGUGAAAGCGCUUCCGUUUGUGAGGUGUCUUCAGUUGUUGUAUCUAAUAGCACCAAUCCAAAUGCUGAAUUCUGUGGAGAACCCAUCGGCGAUUCCGUUUUCCUUCACACUUUGAUCAUAGGCUUAGCCUGUAUUCCUACCAGUUUUUGGUUACCACUUUGCGUGCAUCGACUUGGAGCUAAAUUUUUCUUAGUUUUCAGUUUGUUAGUGGCUGGUGGCGUAACUAUUGGAUUAUACUUUGUCAAUUCGACAUUAUCAAAUUUGAUCUUAUCCUGUGUAUUUGAAGCCCUAACCAGUAUGGGUAUAAGUACUGUUUAUUGCGUUAUGGUGGAUUUAUUUCCAACUAAUCUUAGGGUUAUGGCCGCAGCGCUGUCGUUAACAUUCGGAAGAGGUGGAGCGUUGUUAGGAAACCUGGUGUUUGGCUUUCUCAUUGAUCUGAACUGUGUCGUACCAAUAGCACUGUUCGCAGUAAUGCUCAUAGCGAGCGGAUUUUUGUGUCUGAUGUUACCGAACACAGGAAAAGGUGCACUGGACUGAUGAUGACUUCUCUCUACAAAGGACAAAGUGUAUACCCCGAAAAGUCAUGUGAUAAAAGACAUUUUUAUUUAAAUAUAUAUUUGGAAACUUUUCACGGUGCGCACAGAAAAAACACAUAUUAAUCAGAUAUUUAUA